AUGUGGCUGAAGUCGCUGGCGCAGCGCUUCCUCAGGCCUGAGCGCUGCCCUGAGCAUCGCGAGGCUCCUACAGGAAGGUCGUCCGCGUCAGGCUCCAUCGUUUUCUUCGACUUCGACUUGACACUGACGGUCGUGCACGUUUUUAAAUCUCUGGCUGGAUGGGUGGAUGCUCAAGUGUGCAUGCUAGCCAUGCGUGGCAUCGUUGUGUCAGAGCCACAUGCCCUAACCGAGCGUGGCCAGCUUCGUCGUUUGACUGAACUGGGUCCUGCUUGGAUUGAGCAGGCUUUUGGUGGCUUCAGCCGAGUGACGGCCAUUCGGAAGCUGCUUGAGGGUCUGCUCUCCAGUGGUUGCCGAAUCAUUCUCGUAACUCGUGGCUAUGUCGGUGUAGCUCGGAAGUGCCUGCAAGAAGUGGGGUUACUGGACUGCUUUGAAGCUUUAUAUGGAAACAUUGGCGUAGCGUAUGGUACGCGGACCGCGUACGACCAAGAAACAGAGUCCAGUGGCAGUGGAGCAUCAGAGGAGAUAGAUCGGUUGUGGAGCAUGUUGGGCAAAUGGAGGGAAGGGGAGUGGGAUUCAAAAACAGAGAUUGUUCACCGCUACAAGCACCUUCACAACCUGACUGGCGAGCAGGUGCUCUUCGUGGAUGAUGAUGUGCAGGAACUGACUCCUCUCCGGCACUCCGCGCUGACGGUACAUGCCAAAGGGAAGAGUGGAAUGGCAGCCUGCGACAUGCUGGAAGUGGCGCAGCUUCUUGAUUUGAGCACUACACGUUGGGCACAGUCUUGUUACGACUUUUGGCAGGUUUUGCGGGAUCCCUUGGCGAGUAAGCCCUUUGCCAUAACGGCCUUCAAUCGCAAGCAUCUGCCGAUCCGCCUCUCACGCCACAUCCAGAUGCUCGAGGCCGAGUUCGCCGAGCGCAAGAGCUCACUGCGACGCUUCACCUUGCUGAUGCGCGAGCCACACCUCUUCUUGUCGAUCGCUCAAGAUGCAUAUGUGAAGCAGGUUAGUCUCACUGGCAAGACUCACGUCACCUCCUUUGCGCCGGUGAUCCAGGAAAUGCGGGAACAGCUGGGCGUGGGAUGCUUGCAUGAUGGUUCUUUCGGCGACUUGGAGAGGUUGACCUCCCCAUUCUGUCCUGACGAUGAUGUCGACGGUAUCAACGCUCAGCUCUCUCAAGAUCAUUGCCAGAACAUCGGCGCGACUGGAAAUCAUCUCUAUGAGGAACCGGCAAGCAAACCUCUGCCCGAAGAGCCUGUAAAGACACUCGCAUCUUUGGUGCGAAUGUUCCAACAAACCUUGCUGGGGCUGUGCCCCAUAACUCUAGCAACAGCGGGGAGACAUCGGAAUACGAUAUGCUGCCAUGAAGUCGAGGGAUUCUCACCAGAGGAGGCUGUUUGGUGCAGAUACCCGAAGAUAAAGCACAUUGGAGCAGGAUACUUUGGGGAGGUAUUCCAGGCAAGGGAUCUCUCCAGUGGCCGUCAGGUCGCUGUAAAGCACUUGGAGCGCCUGGAUCCCGAGGAGGAGGGUGCGGGUGAUGAGGUUAGCGUGCUUCGCGCCUUGGCCCACCCGAACCUGCUCCGCAUCUUUGAAGUCGUGAAGUUCCCACGUGAGGUGCUCAUCGUCACUGAGCUCGCGUCCGGUGGAACCUUAUCGACGUACGCAGCUACACACGAAGGCGGACCGUGGAUUGCAGGAGCUAUGCAGCAGAUCGUAAGUGCAGUGGCCUACUGCCACCGGCAGUUUGUCCUCCACGGGGAUCUGAAGCCUGAGAAUGUCUUGAUCGGUGGACGUAGACCUGAUGGUUCGCCCUUCUGCAUUGUUUGCGACUUUGGCCACACGACCGUCUGCAUCGGUUCUGCUUUGGUCGCCGCACCUGGAGAUCCACGGUACAUUGCUCCGGAGGUAAUCGCCAAAGAGAAUCUCUCUUCCAAGAGCGAUGUCUACAUGCUGGGCGUCACAGCUUUCGAGCUGCUUACAGGCUGGCUUCCCUUCUUCAACAUGCAGUCAGCGUCUCUACCUAUGUGUUAUCAGCAGCUAAGCCGUGGGGGCGUACAAGAGCUCAUCCUGUCAGAGAAGGGCUUGGGCUGGCGAGACCUGGAUAGGCUCAAGGCUGCAAGCCCGCUGCCUGUGCAGCAAGUCGUGCUGAACAUGAUGGCAAGGCAUGCUCACCAGAGGCCUGAAGCGAUCGAAGUUUUGAGAACAUCCUGGUUGCAAGACGCGCAUGGCCCGUGCAAGAGCGCCUACGAUGCAAUGCUAAAAGCAGAUGCCAGCAACGGCUGGGGACUCUGGGUCCCUCAGCACCCACUCUUUCAAAGGCGGCUCCAGGACCGCGCGAACCAGAGCUGGACGUUCCGCAUGCUUCUGAGCCUUCUUGGCUCCGGGCUUCGAUCAGAAGUGCUCUUGGGUGCAAGACUGCUCUUCCGACGUAUGGACGAAGGGGGAAACGGGCAGCUGAACAAGAAGCAGUUUUGCAAGGCAGCUUUGGCAAAUGGAUUGAGCCUGGAGGUCGCAGAGUCUCUGUUUGCUGCAGGAGAUUUGCACUCGCAGAGUUAUCUAGAUUUCAAGAAUGUGGUGAUGCUGUUCUUGGACCUUGACGCAUUCAGCACCGAAAAUCUGCUGGAUGAGCUGCGCUUUCUGGUCACUCGCAUUCAUGGCCCUCACUGCCUGGACAAUGAGUUUGGCGGGAAUAGUAAUGGAGAUGGUCUACAAAAUGCAUCGGUUUCUUUCAAAUUGAGCGACCUGCAGAUGAUGCUCCAUGCCAGACCAGACGCAAGAAUGGAGAGGUGGGUGCAAAAUCUGCAGGCUGGUCUGGGACCAGGUGAUCACGACUUGACAGCCGAGCUCCUCUACAAGCUGCUUCAGAAAGACUGCUUCGAGCAGAGAUGUACGGAUGCAAGAUGUGCAGCGCGACUGCAGCAUGUGUCCUUGGCAUUUUUCGUUCGUGCCCGUGCCCAUCUGCCCAUCUGUGCCAGCGAUCUGCGAGCAGACUUGAAUGUGGAAAGGUCCUUGUCUGUGCCGCCUGACGAGUCCGACGAUGUGGUUUGUGCUGCAAUCACAGCACUGGAGGAUUUAUGUUGCAAGCACGGGGUUCCAGAGUCUCACGGCCUGGGACACGCGCUGCGAGUUCUGCACCAUACCGACAAGGCAAUUGCAGCCAGUGCUCAAGAGUUGCUUUGCAGCCGGAAGCAAGCAGUUCGUUUGGCAGCCUUGUUGCAUGAUGCGGACGACAGAAAAAUUUUCGACACACGCGCAGAGGCCGGCAAUGCCAGAAGAAUAAUGGAGAGCGCUGGUGCGCACGCAGAUGUGCUGACCGAAGCUGUGCAGAUGAUUGGUCUGGUUUCCUGCUCUGCGAAUGGUAACUCUGUGCCCGUCGAAGCCGUAAAGAAUCCGGAGCUUCUGUGGCCUCGUUGGGCAGACCGGCUGGAGGCGACAGGGGAGAUCGGCAUCCUUCGCUGUUGGCAAUACAACCAAGAAGUGGGAUCUCCGACAGUGGUGCCAGAUACACCGCGUCCACAAACAGAGGCAGAAGUUUGGAGCUUCGCCACGAACGAGAGAUUCGAAAGGUAUCAGAGUUCAGGCGGCAAAUCCAAUUCCAUGUUGGACCACUACUACGACAAGCUGCUGCGAGUGGCUUGUCCUCCUUUGGAAGUGGUCCAAAAUGAUUACCUGGAGCAGGAGAUGGUCGCACGGUCCAAGCCUUUGGUGCAGAUUUGCCUGGCAUACGGCCUCACUGGCAAAGUUCCGCUUGAUGAGGAAGCCAUCUACAAGUUGCGGGCCAAGUUGGCUUGCUGA